AUGCCAUUAAAAAUUGUCAUCGUUGGCGCCGGUCUGGCCGGUCUGGGCGUUGCCAUCGCCCUGAAUCGACAGGGGCAUGAUGUUGAGGCCAUUGAACAAUCCGGCUUCCUCAGUGAAGUAGGCGCAGCGAUUCAUUUGGCGCCGAAUGCGACCCGCAUCUUGAAGGACUGGGAAUGCGAUUUCGACAGCUUACAGCCAGCUCCAUGCAACCAACUUCAAGUGUGGAAUGAAGCGGGGAGCCAAAUUCGAUUUGAAUUGGUGACGAAAGAGCUCCAAGAAGCCCUGAAUAUCUCCGAUGAAUGGCUUCUUACACAUCGUGUGGAUUUGCAUAAUACGCUGAGGGCUGCUGCUGCGAAGGAAGUCAAUGGAAAGAAGCCUCUUAUCCGGUUGUCAUCGCGCGUGGCAUCCGUGGAUGCGGAGGCUGGAGUGGUCCUGUGUGAGGAUGGAACUAAGUAUACUGGCGACUUGAUUAUCGGUGCGGAUGGUAUUCACUCCCGAACUGUACGCGCAAUAACCAGCGAAGACCAACAAGAAUCCACCGGCCAGGACUGCUUCCGAUUCUUAGUCCCUGUAUCCAAAAUGAUGGCGAAUCCCAUUACCGCAUCUUUUAUAGAGCGGAUCAGACUUGACGGAAUGCAUGCAUUCACGUCGUAUGACCGCAAGCUCGCGGUUUACCCCUGCCGUGGUGGAACUCUACUCAAUGUGGCUGCUAUCCAUCCGUCAGGUUCUCAGGGUACUACUAGGGUAAGACAAUCGUCGUGGUUGGAUGGGGGAAGUUUGGACCAGUUGCUGAAGGUCUUUGAAGGAUUUGGGCCGGAGUUGCUGGAGAUGUGCAGAAUGGCUGAGGAUAUUAAGCUGUGGAGUUUGGGGUCUCGAAAGCCCCCUCACAUCUUCUUCAAGGACAAGCUGGUCCUAAUUGGUGAUGCAGCGCAUCCUACCCUCCCUCACCAAGGCCAAGGCGGCGCCCAAUCUUUCGAAGAUGGAGCAGCACUAGCCGCCGUCCUCCCAGCAAACACAACGACAGAGCAGCUCCACCAACGACUCGAAAUGUACAACCAAGUCCGCUAUACACGUUCGCUGACGGUGAUGAUCCUGUCCAGGAUGGACGACGGGCGGCGGGGUGAGAUGGCAGAUGAGUUGAAGAAGUAUGUGCCUGAUGCGGAGGUUCCGGAGAAUAUGUUUUCAUUUGCUUGGAAUUCGUAUCCGGCGAGGGAGGCUGAAGUGUUGUUGCAAGCUGCGGAGUGUGCUUAA